CUCAAGAAUAUUGGAUUAGAGGUAUGCUGAUGGAAAUUCUUCGUUGUAUUUCAGAGGUGACAACCGAUGAAAAAUCCAAUGAUGAGUUGAGGGAUACAAUAUCUAUUGAAUAUCGGAUUAAAAGUAUGUUGUUGGACAAUCUUCGUCAUACUUCAGAUGAGACCAAAAAGGUGUCUAACGAUAAGUUGAUGGAUUUGAUAUACAAAAAGUUAAAGGGUAGGAGGUAUCUUGUUGUAAUGGAUGAUAUUUGGAGUAGUGAGGUCUGGGAUCUUAUGACAAGAAUUUUUCCAGAUGAUAACAAUGGGAGCCGAAUUAUUUUGACUAGUAGGCAAGAAGAGGUUGCUAAUCAUGCAGAUCCUGAUAGCAAUCCUCAUGAAGUGAACCUCUUAAAUUCAGAUAAUAGUUGGAAGUUACUUCGUGAAAAAGUGUUUGGGGUAGAACAGGCAUGUCCUCCUGAAUUACAGUAUAUUGGAGUGGAAAUAGCACAAAGAUGCCGAGGACUGCCUUUAGCUCUUCUAGUGGUUGCGGGAUAUCUCUCAAAAAUUUCUAGAACACGAGUAAGUUGGGAACAUUUUGCUAUAAGCGUAAGUAAUGUUGUUACUAAUGAAUCAGAUAUAUGUCUAGGAAUGCUUGCUAUGAGUUACAAUUACUUACCUGAUCAUCUUAAACCAUGUUUCCUUUACAUGGGAGUCUUUCCAGAAGACAGUAAUGUUAACAUUGUUAGACUAAUCAGCUUAUGGAUUUCUGAGGGUUUUCUAUCAGAUGAAUUAGAGGGAAGAGAUUAUUUUGAGGAUCUUGUUAGCAGGAAUCUGGUUAUGGUUAGAAGCAGGAGUUUUAGUGGCGAGGCAAAAACAUGUGGUGUCCAUGAUCUGAUUCGUGACUUGAUUUUAAAAGAAGCUGAGAAAGAGAAGUUCCUUCAGGUUACUAAGCCUUCAGAAGAGAAGCUUAGACAUGCUCAUCGCUACAGUUUCCAUUCACGCGAUCAGGCUGCUUUUUGGAAGUUAUCUAAUAUCAUCAGAACAUUGAACUUCUUCGAAGGAUUUAAAAAACUUUCUAAACAAAUUCCUCUUUUGGUGUCCUUCAAAUUGCUAAGAGUGUUGGCAAUCCUAAAAGUUACAUUUCAAAGAUUCCCACUUGAGAUAACAAAAUUAGUACAACUCAGAUACCUUCAAUUCACUUGUUAUGAUCAUAUUCACUGGUCAGUGUCAGAGCUUUAUAAUCUGCAGACAUUCAUUCUUGGUUACGAAGUUGCAGGUUUAUUACCUCCAACCAUACCUGUGGAAAUUUGGCAAAUGAGAAACUUGAGGCAUCUUCAUAUCGGUGACUUCUUUUCUUUUCCUAUUCCAUCAAACAAGUUACAAAAUCUACAGGAACUCUCCUGUCUAGCUUUGACUAGCUGCACUUCUGAAUUAUUUUCUGCUAUUCCCAAUCUUAAAAAGCUGCAAAUUGUUGGAAAUUAUCUGAUGGAAAUGAAGAGAGAGCACCUAAAUAGCCUUUCCUGUUUAAAAGAACUUGAAAUCUUGAAGUACAGGGAUGAUGGGAUACAACCUUCCCGAAUCCCAAGUAUGUAUGCUUUGCCUACAUCACUGAAGAGGUUGACUUUAUGUUUUACUAGUUUACCAUGGGAAGACAUGGCAAACAUUGUAAAGUUGCCAAACCUGGAGGUGCUUAAAAUUAAAGACAAUGGAUUUCUUGGUGAUGUAUGGAAAUUAAAUGAUGAAGAGAUUUUCAAUCAACUUAAGUUCCUUCUAAUCAGUUGGACAGGUCUGAAGCACUGGGAAGCUAGUAGUGUAAACUUCCCAAAGUUGCAACGCCUAUUUCUGAAAAGAUGCAUGAACCUGGAGGAAAUCCCUCAAGACUUUGGGGAAAUAUGUACCUUGGAGUCAAUAGAGUUGCAUGAUUGCAGUAUAUCUGCUGCUAAAUCCGGCAAAGACAUUAAAGAAGAACAGGAGAGCAUGGGGAAUGAAUGUCUUUGUGUCCUCAUCUAUAAUCAUCCAUGUUGACAGGUCAUCUCCAGCUCAGCAAUACUUGAUCAACAAAGUUAUGGAGAAAAUGGUGUGCAUAUGAUUGAUUCGGCACUCCAGCAAGGGGAGAUCACUUGUAACUUGUUCAUUUGCAAGUUAAGUCUCUUUUCUGUUCCUUAUAAUGAUUAUUACUUAGGUUGAGUUGCUCUCUCUUUAUUUUUGUAAUUUUGUUGCAAGUUAAACAUUAUAUGACUACAUCAUAUGUUUCUUAUGAUGUUGUAUUUUGUAAUGUUAUUUUCCUUAAUUUGA